AUGCUGAGCGCUUGCAGUGGAAUUUGCGCGGAAGCUCAUGUCAUGGAGGCGCUUGGUCUGCCUUUUCGCUUGGAAGGCGCGAGUGAGUGCAAUGCAGACUUUCGCCGGUUGCUCUGCGCCAAUGUAUCUGUGGCCCACAUUCACAAGGAGAGUGACUUCGGAGAGUGUUUACUUAACUUGAGCUGCGCAAGUUCUGGCAUGGGCUGGGGAAAUGGCGUGGCUGGUUUGGUGGAUUCUGUGCGCAGUCUCAGUUCGUCUGCAGCUGAGCCGCCCCCGCAGCGGCCGGUCAAGCCGAAAGGGAGCCAUGCAUUCCGGCGCAUUGUGAGGCAGGCAGCAGCAGACGCUUCAGCAGCAGCCGACGCAGACUUGCAGUUAGCGCGUGUGGAAGACCGAGGAAUUUCGUACGCUCGAACGUUUCGCAAGAAGCCUAGGUCUGGUUGUCACACGGAGCUUCAGAACUUUGCUGUGCAGUGUCGUGACAUUGGCUCAGAUCUUCAGAAGGCAGUGGCCAAAGCGGCAGCGCAAGGGAUUUCUGUUGGGCAGGAUGCCGACGCAGUCGCUGCCAAGGUGCUCUUCGAUUUCCGGCCAGUGAGCUCCGGCACUGCAGAGGCACAUACUGAGAACGUGUCCAUUUCAACCUUGAGCCGAACACUGAACGCUGCAGCGGCAGGUGUUGUGUUAUCUUCUGGUUACUUGUUGGGCUUGCUUAUCUGCCGAGUGUUGGAUGCUAUCAAGAGUGGUCGCCACGAACUGAUUUGCGUUGUUAAGAAGCGUCGAUACGACGAGACGCCCUGCAGACUCACACUCAAACAUACUGACGGUUGCCGUGAGCAUGGCACUGUGGUCAAAGUUCUGCAAAGCGAGUUUUCAGUUGGGGUCUUGUUUCGCUCGACCGACACUGGAUGUCUGGGCCUGGUAAAGUGCCAGUUGCCAGUUCCACUGAAGCCGCUGGAGAACAACAGCGCGGAAGCCAUCUUCAGAGCGCAAACAGAAGUGGAACAGCUUGUUCCUGAACUUCUACGCGUAGGUGGUGCCAGCCGACACGCGUUCUCUCUAGUUAAUACUGAUUCGUAUGCAGCCAAUUUUUGCGCUGAGCGCAUCAUGAGCUCGACCGGCCAAGCAGAUAGGUCUUACACCAAGUCGCACUACGGGUGUGACGUGCACCGUCUUCACUCUUGCAUCAAGAAGCAGAUGGGGCUUUUGCCGGGCCACAUAUCCGCUCUCAUCAAUGCAGCUUUGGCAGCUCAGCAUGCCGGCAGUACCCGGCACAUGCGACAGGCUUUGGCAGAAGUUCUCGAAGGCAAACUGGUUGUGCGAGCUGGACGCCCCACUGAGCACAAUGCACAGCGCCUCAAACAGGUUCUCGACCUCUUCUUGGCGCGCAGUGUGGCCAGUGAUGACAAGCAGAUGAGCCGGGCGCGUCGCAGGCGCUUGGUGCAACGUUGUGUCAUCUCUUUCUUUCUAAAUGGAGACACAACAAACCAGGAUGAGGUCGUUUUUUGGAGUCCAGUGCUUGGGCUGACAAAAUCAGUUGUUCUGGAAGCGAUGCUGCAGUUCUUGGUCCCGGCCCUCAUCCCACGAAAGCCGCCCAUCUUGUCACGCAAAUCGUGGUGUGGCGUUCAGGACGCGGUGGAUUAUUUUGGACUACUGACAUCCCUCCACAAUCUCUUCCAUCCGAUGAUUAUGUGCUACACGAAGCAGAAAGCGACGAUGCCACAGGUGGUUCCUCUUGCUGGAGUCCGUGCCCGCAGUGGUUGGGCCAGAGUUGCAAAAUGCUUGGAAGAUCAGUGCGAUGAACCGGCUGCUGAAGCGAGUGCUGAUGCUGGGGUUGAUUUUCCCGACCUGGACCCACUUUCCCGUCCGCAACCCGCGCGGCGGGCAGAUGCAGACGUCCAAGCUGGCGAAGGUGAAGCUGUGGAGGGAAAUGAAACCGAUGCCCGGGAUGGUGAUGUGUCUUGGGCAGAGUACAACCGGCAGCUCCGAAUGCGUUUAGUUGCAUGGGCAAGAUCCAACCCUGGCAAUGUUCUGCUGGUUCUUCGGGCAGCCAUGAUAGCACCGCUUGAACUUCUGGAUGACUUGCUGAAGAAGUCGGGUGCCAAGUGGGAAAUGGAGCAGAGGCUUUUGGCCAUGACCACGCAGCAGAGAACCUACGUGGCGUUGGAGGCUGCUCAACAGACAUCCCUCAGAGCCUUCUUCUCUUCGCUGAAUUCAGUCUUUCACGAGGCAAUGCUGUACAUGCUGUCUGAUGGCAAGACACGUGUGUUCCAGACCCUGCUGUUUCGCUUGCUCGCAGUUGCUGGGGCUUCUGUUUGCUUCUACAUCCAGAUUCCAUGGUCGGCGUAUCCAAUCAAAAUGUUUCUGGCGUCCUUGGGCCACACGGAUGUGCUGACAGAUCCGGAAUGUAUCCUCUGUCCGCUAGCCCGGAGAUUGAAAGAGUGCUAUCCGGAGACGGGGCUCUUGCAAGAGGAAGCCCAAGCAGUGAUUCAAACACUUCUCUCAUUCUUUACAAUGGAUAUAGCGCAAAUUGAGUCACGGCACUCGAGCAAUCGCCGUGUGAUCACCUUGAAAUCUGUCCAGGUUGCGCGGCCAGAUGUGGAGCGCGUGUCUGCUGAAUGGAUCCUCCGCAGCAACUACCUCCGUGCUCAAGAGGUACGGGGACCUAGAGAGUCAGAGGAGGUGACAACUGCGAAGAAAGACAAGAAACAUGCGUCCUGGGGAUGGACGUGGCGAGCUUUUCUUAGCGACAAGCUGACUGGCGAGGCAUUCACGGCAGAGAACAUGGGCCGACUGUCUCAAGAGUACAAGGAGCUUGCGCAGAGUGAAAUCGAGCAUUAUGAGAGGCUGGGCCGGGUUGCACAAGCUGCAGCAGAGCGCGGGUUCCGGGGCUUGCCGAAGCACAGGCCUGCUGCAAGUUUGCAGCAGCAGCAGCAGCAGCUGGUCGCGGUUUCAGCAGACACGCUGACGGUGGAUUUGGUUGACAGUCUGGCAGCGCUGCGUCGUGAUUGCAAUGCAGAGGCUCGGGAACACAAAGGCCGCGUAGGGGCAAUGUCAGAGCAACUUGCUGCCCUGCGCUUGGAUGAUGGUAGCUUACAGCCGGCUGUGGGCUCUAUCCCUGAUUUCCAGUCAGCUUGUCGGCCUGUGCCUGUGCCUUCAAAGUCAAAGUUUGCUCAAGCGGAUGUGCACAUGCCGGGUGACCUCAUGGUUCAGUCUGCGCUGGACUACACCGUAGCAAAGCGGUCUGGCCUGAAGGACCGGGUGCUGGGACUUCGUGUUUGUAGGCGGCUCCACUACUCACUCA